UAAGAUAAUGUAUUCAGGUUUAUGGUUGAUAUGAAGAAUUACUCUGCAAAUAUGGUAAUAGUAGUCCAUGGAGAUUAUUUAUGGAUGUUUUUGAUUGUCUUCCAUUGAUAGCAUUGAUUGAAGGUUAAAUUCUAUGUGUUCAUGGUGGCUUAUCACCAGAUAUGAGAACAAUUGAUCAAAUAAGAAUUAUUGAUAGAAAAGUAAAAUUUUUAUUUAUUUCAGAUUGAAAUAUCACAUGAAAGACCCUUUUGUGAUUUAAUGUUGUCUGAUCCAGAAGAAGAUGAAUAUUGGGCAGUGAAUUCAAGAGGAGCUGGGUUUUUAUUUGGAGCUAAAGUUACUAUAAGAAUUUUGUAGAAUUAAUGAUCUAACUCUUAUAUCUAGAGCACAUCAAUUA